AUGGAACACUCGAAUUCCUCUCAAGCUAGCCCCCGCGGCUCCUCUUCCACCCCCGAGACCUCUGUGGAUCUCUCUGUGCGCACCACAGUCGCUCCCGAAAGUCGGCAAGCCGAUCCUUGCCGCAUCAGAGAAAUCAAGUGCUCGGCAGAAAAACCCAUGUGUAUGAACUGUAAAAAGAAAAGCAAUGCGUGCACGUAUCCCACUUCCAUAAGACGCCGAAGGCCGGACAAGCUGCCAGGAACUCGUGCCACAAAAAGAAACAGGAAGAAGAAAAACCAGCUAGACACGCCGCUGGAAGCAACUCUCAGCAAGAAGGUGGAAAAGCCACUUUCAACGGCUCCUAGUGGUCCCACCCAGUCAUCCGAGACCAUCUCCUCUGACACCUCAUCUUUCUCCAUGCCCCAUGUUCCCCAACUUCCUCAGUCCACAGGCGGCGCUCGCGACGAUUCUGCGCCCAGGCUGCUAGGGUCAACUGCUGUUAAGAGCGACAUAGCAGCAGCAAAAUCUGAACCAUCCCCUGGUUCGUCCCGCAAGAGCUCAGUGUCGAGCCGCCAGCCGGCCUCGCAUAGGCAAGCUCCUUCACGUCCUCACCCCCAACCCCUCCCAGAGCUGGGCUAUCCCCGAAGUAGUGGGAUAGACCAGCUACAGUCCGGGCUUGCGAGCGGGAUCCCCCAUGACCCUUCUUCUCUUGGAACUCCUUCCUACCAAGCCUACCCCCAUCCAUCUUUGGAGCAGGAGCUUCCUGCACAGCAACCUCCGCUGUCGUAG